AUGUUACUCCUUUCUCCCGUCUUUUUGGGAGCAGCAUUCUCUGUCCUAGCUUUGACGUAUGUCAUUCGCUGCGUCCUGUCCCCGUUGUGGAAAGUUCCCGGCCCGAGGAUAUCCGCCUUCACUUCCCUCAUUCUGAAAUGGCAUGAACUACAAGCAACCAGGACGAAGUACAUCCAUGCGCUCCACCAGCAAUAUGGACCGGUUGUCCGAGUCGCACCAGACGAGGUCUCAUUUACAUCGUACGAAGCCGUCAAAGAAAUUUACUGCUCUGGAGGCAGCGGUUAUGACAAGACGGAGUUUUAUGACUUGUUCAAAGUCUAUGGACGAAGGACUAUGUUCACAACGUUGAACAAGGAAGAUCAUGCGAAGCGCAAGAGAAUAAUUGCGGACCGCUACGCAAACAGUAACGUCCUGCGACCUGUACCUCUAGGCGGAAUUCAGGAGAGGUCACAAAAGUUUAUCAAGUUGUGCGAGAAGUCCGUUGGCAAGAGCCACGACAUAUUCAUGAGUCUUCACUCAUACGCCUGUGAUUGCGUCACACAUCACCUUUUCCAUCCGUACGGCAGUAAUUGCCUCGAGGACGAGGCGGACGAGGAAAUGAUGCACCAGGUUGCUGCUGACGACAGCCUGCAAAACCGCCUUGUUCAGCACUAUAGUCCCGCGCUGCACAAGCUCCUCUCUCGAUUCCUGUACUUCUUCGCCAAGCCCCGCGAGACGCCCCUCGCCGACACAUUUGUCAUCGAGUCCAGCAAAAAGCCCGACCCGGCGGCCUUCACGCUCCUGAGCCGGCUCCACGACAAGGCGGGCCAGGGACUGGACCAGCUCGACGUGGCGGGCGAGUGCCUCGACCACAUGGCGGCAGGCAUCGACACGACGGGCGACGGGCUGUGCUUCCUCAUGUGGGAGCUCUCGCAGCCGCGGUCGCUGCGUUUUCAGGAGACGCUGCGACGCGAGCUGAGGGAGAACCCGGGGGUCGCGUUCGACAAGUUGCCGUUGCUCGAUGCCAUUGUGCAGGAAGGGUUGCGGUGCUUCCCAGCUAUCCCGAUGUCCCUGCCGCGUUAUGUGCCCCAGGGCGGGCGGGUGAUUGACGAAUAUGCCAUCCCGGGGAAGACUACAGUCAGCUGCCAGGCGUAUUCCAUUCACCGCAUCAACGAGGAAGUGUUCCCGGAGCCAGACUUGUUCAACCCUGAUCGGUGGAUGGAGCCAACGGGUGACGCUGAGAGGAAGCGGCUCAUGUUUGCGUUUGCCAACGGAGGCCGGGGAUGUGUUGGCAAGCAUCUGGCGCUCGCCGAGAUGAAGACUCUGUUGACGGAUAUUUACACCCGUUACACGACGCUUCCUGAGACGUCAAUGGCGGAAGAGUCGAUGGCCAUGUCGGACCAGCUCAUCUCCUCGCGACCCCUAGGGCAAAAGUGUUUGCUGCAGUUUGUUCCCGGUAUGGACGGCAUUGUUGGCACAUCGCGUCUGGGCGUUUCUAAAGAUUUCGUGGUGAUUCGUGAAUCUUGCUUGGCCAAGGCAAACUGCAAGUCGAGUGAUGACUUGCAUGGCAACGACUGGCUCGGCUUUAUCCACCUGAUGGCGAAACGGGGAAUUCCUAAAACCCAUGUUAGCUUCCUUGACCUUUCCCGCACAAUUGCGGUGCGAAUUGCGCUUUCUCGAAAAGCGGGAAAGACCGUUGAUUGGCCCGUGCCCGGCGCGGAGCUGUCGCGGGUUUCCCCCUUUAAAAUGCCAAUGGAACCAGGAAACGGCGCCAGGCCUUUAGGCUUUCCCACCCCUUCGCUGUCUCAAGGUGUAAAGAGCACAGAGAGAGGAAGAGAAGGCAAGAUAAUUGGGGUCGCUGUUGUCUCGAUGCCUUCACAGCAACAAAAAAAAAUCGAGGCCAAAGUUCAAAGAAAGGUCAGGAAACAUGCAAGGCAGCAAGUGGAACUGGCGGCCCAGCUGCGUGUUACAUCCUGGACACUGGACUGGCCCGGUGGUGCCGCGGGGCAGGCGAACGAGCGAACGACAACCUCAAACUCGGAUUUAAGGCUCGCUGCUUGGGGUUCUUUGAGUGGUGGCGCAACUCUGACAGGCACGAGGCAAGGGCCCGCCAGACUCCCCGCCGCCCCCAGCGCCCAAACCUUGAGCAUUUCUUUCUGGGACUUUUCAUGUGUUUCCGAACUUCCUGUCCUGCCGCCGCCACCUCUACUCCGUACUACCACCAAGAAGGCCACCACCACCACCACCCUCCGACUCCACCUCAGCCUUUUCCAAAACUCUGCGCUCACUGCCCAGUCAUCUCCGUUUUCUCCUCUUCCCACCACCCACAAGAAAAAAACGCACAAAACCCUCCGCUCGGAGAUCCAUUCGAGCACAUCUCGCAAUUAUCUUAAACCCACCUUUUCGCAAUCGCAGUUCACCGCCCUGCUUAGGCAUCUCUGCAUCCUCGCGUCCUCCGCGAACGUCGCCACUUUCCACCACCACCACCCAACACCCCGCCAUAAACAACCACAGUUUCGUCAACAAUCGCCAGUAGCAUCCUCUCUCGCCGCGUUCCCGACCACCGAGUCUUCUUCCGCGAGAGUUGAACAUACAACACCACCCUCACGCGGUACAAGCCACAUAGCAGUUUAUGUAUCAGCACGACAAUACCACCGUCUUCAGACACUUCGUCCCCAAGCUGCAAUCAUUUCGCAUAGCGAAACCUUUCCACCUACUACCAAUAUCGCAAUCAUGGCUUCCCUCAUCAACGUUCGUCGCGACGUCAAGGACGCUUUCUAUCGCUACAAGAUGGAAAAGAUCGUCACCAAGAUUGAGGGCAAGGGCAACGGUAUCAAGACCGUUGUCGUCAACUUGAGCAGCGUCGCUCAGUCUCUCGCCCGUCCCGGUGCCUAUGUCAUCAAGUACUUCGGCUUCGAGCUCGGUGCCCAGACCAACGUUGACCCCGCCGACGACCGCUGGAUUAUCAACGGUUCCCACAAUGCCGCUAAGCUGCAAGACCACCUCGAUGGCUUCAUCAACCGUUUCGUUCUCUGCAAGAAGUGCAAGAACCCCGAGACCGACGUCAACAUCAAAGAUGGUCGCAUCCUCCUCGACUGCAAGGCCUGUGGCCAGCGUUCCGAGGUCGACCUCCGUCUGAAGCUUAGCGGUUAUAUCCUGAAGAACCAGCCGAAGAAGGGCAAGAAGGACAAGGCCGAGCGCAAGGCUGCCCGCCGCGCGAAGGCCAACGGUACCAAGGAGAACGGACAGGGAAGCGGAAGCGGCGGAGAAGGAUCCGACAACGGCUCCAACGACGCCGACGACCAGGAUGUUGGUAGUGAUGACGAGUUGGAGAAGAUGAAGAAGGAGGCUCCCGAGAUUGACCAGUUUGAGACCCAGGAGCACGAGUGGGCCGUCGACAUGAGCGAGGAGGCCGUCAAGGCCCGUCAGGCUCAGCUCCCCGGCGAGUUCAAGCAGAAGCUCAACAUGGGCGAUGACGAAGACGAGGAUGGCGAGGCCUCUGGCAGCACCGUCUACGACGAGUUUGGCACCUGGAUCCAGGAUGAGGCCACUGCUAAGGGCAGUGUCGACAAGGUCGACUCGAUUGACAUCUUUGUCAAGGCCAAGGAGCUUGGUAUCGAGACCAAGCACCGCUCCGUUUUGGUUCUGGUGCAGACCAUCUUCGACGAGAACAUUCUCGCCCAGAUCCCCAAGCGCGCCGGCAUGAUGAAGCAGUUUGUUACCUCUGAGCGCCACGAGAAGGCUCUCCUCGGUGGUACUGAGCGCCUCAUUGGCCAGCUCGCCAAGGAGCACCCCGACAUCUUUGACAAAGUUGUCAAGAUCCUCCAGUUGUACUACAACCACGAUCUCCUCAGCGAGGAGGUCGCCGUCAAGUGGGGUACCAAGGCCAGCAAGAAGUACACCGACCUGGCCACCUCCAAGAAGGUCCGCAAGGCCGCCGAGCCCUUCAUCAAGUGGCUCGAGGAGGCCUCGGAGGAGGAGUCUAGCGAGGAGGACGAGUAA